GGAAGCUUCUCAUCCUAAAACAGUCAAUUCGCAUCAGAUGCGCUGCGUGAAAACGUUUUAUUUUACCGGUUUAACUCGGUUUUCUUGGUUAUCUAACUUUCACCAACCAUGGCAGAAUUUGCUAUUCAUCGAACAGUGAGUCAGGACGAGGAAAAUUCCCCGGAGGCAGAAAACUUCCAGACGUCCUCAGAGGAAAAGUUUGAAACCAGUCCUGAAAAGCAACAGGACAUCACGUCCACAGUACCUGAUGCUUCAGAGGAGACGGUACAAAAACAGGAAGACGGACAGACGGGCUGUCCACUUACAGAGACCGUCUCCAGUACAGAGUUACAGUGGAAGGUGGGAGCUCCGUGUCGGGCCUGCUGGUCCCAGGACGGAGAGGUCUACGCGGCGACAGUGGUGGCAGUGGAUGGGGAGCGCUGCAGAGUUCGAUUCAACGAAUACGGGAACGAGGAGGACAUGGACCUGAGCUCGCUCCAGAGUCCUGAAUCUUUACCUCUGACACGAGACCCACAGCCUCAGGACUGGAAGCCCGGCUCUCGGUGUCGGGCUGUUUAUUCUGUGGAUGGUUUAGUUUACCCGGCUGUAAUUCAGUGGGUCAAAGGUCAGCGCUGCUGUGUUCGCUACGACGAGUACAACAACGAAGAGGAGCUGGACAUCAGCAGCCUUCUGAGCCACAACGAACUUCACGGCCCGAGCAGAGCCUCCGUGUCCGCAGCCAAGGGCAGCAACUGGAAGACCAAGUCCACCAGUAACGUGGAGAGGAGACGAAGGAGGGAGGAGAAGUCAGGAGGGAGAGAUGAUGAAAACUGCUCCACGCCGGUGAGAGAUGAAACCUGGAAUCAGAACCAAGCUGGGAUGGAAGCUGAACCAAGCAGCAACCUGCUCUUCCCACCUUUUCCUCCUCCUCGGAUGGGUUUGGAGAACCUUCUGCCCUCCUUCUCUCCUCCGCCGCUGCCUUCCUGGGCCUUUAGUGGGAAAGAUGCCGAGAUUUCUCCAGACAUCAACGUCAUCAGCAGCAUGCUGAUGCUGUGGUACUUGUGUGGUUUUCACACCGGCUGCUACAUGACUCGUGAGCAGUUCAAGUCUUCUUCCAAAGACGAUGCUAAAAGUCCAUGCUGAACGCGUGUCUGGACCCCGUCUGAGAUGCAGCCAGGAGAUGUUUUCUGGUUUGGUUUUGUUGUAAUUUGGAAUGGAUUUGCAUGAUUUUGUUCACGUGAACGGUUUUAUUUUAAGAAAGAUUUAUGUUUAGUUUGAGGUUAAGAAAAGCUCUUGGUGUUUUGUUUACAGUUUGUAAUUUAAAGUUUGUCUCGGAGAGAUGGUCUGAGUGCUGCGACAGCAAACCGACGUCUCAGAGAAAAGUCCUUUUGUUAAUAAAAGAGUUGGUUUUACUGUG